AUAUCACGUUUGCACUAUCAGAUAACACUGAUAAUGCGCCGCAUAUUGUAUACAUUCUGUUUGUUUUUGUCAAGGUCAAAUCAAAUACAAUAUAAAUUCUAAAGAAUUUACUCAAAUCUUAAAUUGCUUUCAUGGCAUAGCUAUGAAGAAGUUGGAAUAUGAAAAAAUGGGAUAAAAUAUGGAAGUAUCAGGACGUAGAACAGGAAGUGGUGACAAAACUACGCAGGAACGCGUGUGUCAUCCCUGCCAGGAAGAUGGUGUAACAAAACAGGCUUACGGAUAUUGCAAAACUUGUAAAGAAUAUUUAUGUGAAACGUGUUAUAAAUAUCAUCGCAAACCCAAACCUUGCAAAGAUCAUAUUCUUGUGGAUGAUAUUGAUGGAUACGAGUCAGAAAAGGAUGAAAUUCCUCCACCUGUCCCUGAGAGAAAGAAAAAAUUCAAUACAAAAUGUAAUGAUCAUCGCAAUGAGGAUUUGAAAUAUUACUGCAGAACACACGAUAUCAUUAUCUGCAGCGUGUGUGCUUUGAAACGACACAAAGAGUGUGAGGACGUGGAUUACAUUCCUGAAAUAUGCAACGCUACAAAUACGCUACUCAUAAAAAAAAUAGAAUAUGUUGAAGAUAAGGUUAAAUAUCAACUCAAGCAAGAACGUGACGCUGUACAAUCUGCGGCGGAAUACCACGAGCUAGCGUUGUCGGCCAUAAAUACACAGAGAGAACAAGUAAUUAGAUAUUUUGAGGAGACUGAAAAACAUUUUAGUGAUUGCAUUUUGAGGUUUCGCGAGGAAAGCAAAAAACGAGAGAAUGAGUUGCUCGAAACUGAUCAAGAAUUAAAAACUAAAAAAUCAUUGAUGACGAAACAGACCUCUGGUUCUGAAACUGAAAAAUUCCUUUCAAUUCAAAGGGCAGAAGAAGAAGUGAAAAAUAUUAAUGUAAAAAUAUCAAGACUUUUUGAUCUUCCAAGUCUUGCAGUUUCUUAUGAACCAAAAUAUCCUUUACCGCCACUGGGUAAAGCAAACGUUGAGGAACAACAAGGAAAUGUUGGUACAAAGAAAUUGAAGCUUCUGAAAACGGUAAAUGUAGCUGGAGAAGAGACAGGAUGUUCAAUAUUUGAUGCGGCCAUUUUAUCCGAAAGUCCAGUUUCAUUGCUUCUAGUAGACUUCCUGAAUGGAAGGCUGAUCUUAACUUCGGAUUCACACGUUAUCGACUCUUAUCAAUGUUUGUCUAAAGCAUGGGGAGUUGCAAGGUUAUCAGAAACAGAAGUAGCAGUAUCUUUUCCUGAGUUUGGAGAAGUGCAGUUCUUUACUGUUGGAGACACCAUUUCUCGCAGUAAUCGGAAGUCUAUUGAGUUUUCAGACACCAGCAUGCCGGCAGGGAUCAGAUACUAUAGAUCUGGAUGUUCACUGGUGGUAUGUUUUUUCGACGGCGAUAGGUCGAGAUUAGAGAUUUGGUCCCUUGAAGGAAAGUUACUACGCACCAUUUCUUCAUUUGACUAUCGAACACACAUGACUCAUAUCGUCGAUGAUAAAAUACUAUUAUCAUCUAGUGUAAAUCAUAGUGCAUGCUUGCUUGGUCUAGACGGCAUAGUUAUAAAAACCUUUCAGUUUAUAGAUGACAAUAUGCGUGGUCCAUAUGGAAUAGUGUCUGAUGUUAAUGAAAAUAUUUACGUUUGUGGAAAUCGUUGUUUACGAUUGGUAUCAAAACGAGGAAGGUGGGAACAAAUUAUUGCAGAAGAGGAAAGAUUUGCCCCUCAAACUGUACUCGUUUGUGACAAAACCAACAGGCUUUACGUUGGUCAAGCAAAGGGGAGACAAGAUUUGCUUGUGUUUCAGAUGUGAAUUUUAAGCUGGAAAAUUUUAAGCACGUAAUAAGUGCCGUGUUCAAAAGCAGAAAUAAAACUGUAUAUCUAGUAAUGGAUACUAAUAGUGUGUGUAUUAUAAGGAAAAAAUGUUCUUUUUGCGAAGAUAGCAUGUAACUUUGCAUAAAACUAUUUGACGUUUGCUGAAUCUGUCAAAUUUUCUCGCUUAUCUAACAUCAGUGUUUAAACGUUUGUCAAGUACGCCACAUGAGGUAGCAAAACAGAGCAUUACAGUUUUAAAGUUUUAUUACAGUUUUGUUAUACAACAAACGUUAGGAAAAGAUAAAACUCCACUAGGAAAAGCCACGUUUAAAGCGCACCCCCUCAGAUUUUAACUUAUUACAGUUAUUUCAAAAAAUAGUUUCAGGGUUGUUACAACGAGGUUAGUACACUUGCCAUUUUCUAUUCUUUUACAGAUGUUCUUUUUUGUACAUGUCAGAUGCGCAACCUAUUCUAAAUGAGUGUGAUUUAAUAUUGCAAUUUUCCAAGCCUAUGAAAUGUAAAACCUUUUUCAAAACUGCAUUAAAUUGAAAGGAUGUGAGAAGCUAGCAAUCAAAAUGGCGAAAUAAUAGGCCAUUUUGUUUACUGCGAUAUCUGAGAUACUAUUGUAUAUUGUCGAAACAAAAUCUAUUUUGUCGUCUAUGUCAAUAUCAAUUAAAGCACCUAUGCCCCUUUGAUCAUUUUUUGAUCGAGGGAAAAACAGACGUAGUUUGCUAGAGCCCAUCGUUACGUCGUUAUAGCCCAAAACGUAACUUUUACCGUGCUUUUCACAGAUGUAAAUUCGCAUAUUCUCAAUAACGCGAUGUACGCGAGAGAAAAAGCAGCUGCAAAGAGAAUAUACUCAAACUGAGAACGGCAUAUAUGUGGUAAAGAAUUUAUUAACUUUUUAAGUAUGCCAGCUUUAUCGGUUGCCGAGUAUCUCUAGAAUUAUUAAUUCUGUGUAAACCUUCUAACAUGCUUCUCACAGUGAACUGUUUCGUAUUAUCAAAUAAGCUGUUCAGUUUAUUGACAUAGCUAAUUGCGGCAAUAUAGCCCCUUAUCGUCGAGUGUGCAUAUUGUUGCAAUGACACGUAUGCUAUAUAUUCAGUAAUCUGUUCGACUGUAGGCGGCCACAAUAGAGCAGAACCGAACAGUGAACAAAAGUUCGUAAAAGACACGAUCCCAGCUUUAUAAUGUUUCUGUGUACUGUCUGAAAGUGAUGCAUUGAUUAACCCGUCUACUUCCGGUUGAAGAUAUGGAGAAAUUCCUGUGGUAUGUCGGAAGGCAGUGUUGAUGCGUGUGGUGGCAAUUCCCGGAAUAGUCUUGUCCACUGAAAACGACUUAUCGAAUCAGCAAUAGUGUUUUGUUUUGUACGAACAUGCUUACUUUUUAUUUGAAUAUUGUUUUCUAAAAUAAGAAUCACAAGGUGUCGUAUAAGCAUCACACGUUUGUUCUUUGAAGAUUUUUUUAUUGAUAAUUUGAACUAAGGACUCGUUGUCUGAUCUGAGCAUUAUCUUUUUAUUUGUCAUUUCAUUCCCCCAUAUGUAAAAGGCUAGAACAAUCAGUACAAGUUCAAGAUAAUUUAUAUCGCGUAAGAGUUCAUUGUCCCACUGGCUGGGCCAUUAAAAGACAGCCCAUCUGCCUUCGAAGUAGCAGCCGCACCCUAAAUCUCUUUGACCUGGCGAACCAGUAAAAGCUCAAGAAGGUUGUCUUGUACCCAUUCUGUUUCACUGAACAUGGUAGUACCAUUAAAAUCGUUAAGGAAUCGCAUCCAUACUAUUGCGUCAUCAUACAUACCACGAGUAAUUCUUAUAAAAUGGUGUGGUUUUUUGGUUUGUGACAUAACGUCGUAAAACCUACGAAGAAAAACCCUACCCGAUGGAAUAGCUCUAGAUAUAAAAUUCAACAAGCCAAAGAUAGACUGGAGGUCUCUUGGACGAUUUUUUUACUAGACAUAAGGUGUACAAGAGCAGUUUUGGCUUUGACUAACUUAUCUUCGGGAAUUCGAAUGGUUUGCUUUUAAGUUAUUACUUUUACGGGACCAAUGACUUCUUCCCCACAAAGAGGGACGCCUAGUUCCAGACACACAGAUUGAAAAUUUCCUAACAGAGCUAAACAAUUAUGAUGAGAAAUAUCUGCCAUAAAAAGUCAUCUAAUAAAUGAGUAAAAUUA